CGUGGGACGAGUUCUCGCAGUCGCUUUUAAGCUCUCGGUGCACGCGCACGUCUCGCGUUGUUCCGUCACAAUUUUCGGUUGACGAGUGCCUUAUCGUGACGCAGUGACUGAUUGAUCGAUUGUGAAGGUGUUACUCCGUGUGUAGUGGUGUGAUUGACCGUUGGAUACGAGCUAUCGUAACAAAUCGUGGGAGCUCACCUCUGGCGGAGGAACUGAACGCGCUGGUAGGAGAUGCGUUCCGAAUGGCGUUCGCGUCGCAGCUGCAGCCCUCCGCUCCUCUCUGGAGCAAGGAGUUGAGCAGCGAUUGCGGCGGCAUGGGCGUACGCGCGCCCGACUCGCUGCCCGGCCUGACCCACCACUACCCUCACUGCGGAGACAGAUCCCCAGCGAAAUGCGACAUAAUGGGAGUGUCGAAGCUAGUAAACGAGCCCAGCCCGAGCAGCUCCGAGGAGUCGAACUCGCCCACGGAGGUCAACUGCUACCGGCACCUCGGCGACCGCCCGCCGCUCAUGAAGCGCCUCGCCAUGGGUCUGAGCGGCGCGCUGCUGCAGCCGUCCGACGACGACUCAACCCCUUUAGUAGCCGACACACCGACCACUAGCAGACACACCGACCACUACCUGAAGCAGUUGAACUCACGCAAGGAGAUCAACUGCUACCGGCGCCUCGGAGACCGCCCGCCGCUCAUGAAGCGCCUCGCCAUGGGACUGAGCGGCGCGCUGCUGCAGCCGUCCGACGACGACUCCACGCCUCUAGUGGCCGACAUACCGACGACGCCUACAAACCUUCCCCUCUGCAUGAACGGCGGCUACAUCAACGAAGCGUCGGAAGCAGAAGCGCGGACGAGAGAGAGCAACCGCGAGCUGCCGCCCACGCCGCGACGGCACGACAACAUGCACGAGCUGGAUGUGGACUUCAGGAGGUGCAAUAAUGUUAAGAAUGGUAGCCCAUCAGCAGCCUGUAGUCGCACGACGUCAUCGUCAUCGGGCGCGUCAUCAUGUGGCGGCGGCGGCUCGCACGGCUCCGGCAACAAUAAUAUCCCUCGAGCCGAGCCUGAGCUGAGGCAAGCGCCGUGGUUUCAGCAAGGGAUUCCUAGAGAAAUAGCGCUAGAAGUGCUCAGCAGCCAGCCAGUAGGCUCGUUCCUGGUGCGCGGCAGCACGACGCAGGCCGGCUGCUACGCGCUGUCGGUGCGGGUCCCGCGCGACUUCACGCCCGCCGGCAUCGCGCACUACCUCAUCCUGCGCACGCCCAAGGGGUACAAGAUCAAGGGCUUCACAAAGGAGUUCACGUCUCUCUCCGCCCUAGUGACCCACCACAGCGUGAUGCCGGAACUGCUCCCGGCGCCGCUCCGCCUGCCGCGGGCGCCGGCCGGGGCGCGCGCGCACCGCCGCGACCACGCCGACAUCGACGCCGUCGCGCCGCCCGCGUCCCGCCGCGCCCACCCGCACCCGCCGCACCCGCCGCCGCCCAAUCAUCACCAUCUGCAGAACUUUUUAGCGCAACUGGACGUGUAG